AUGACUCACUUACGUAACUACCGGCUCCGCUUCCACACAGCAUUUUCCUACUCAGGGUCAGACAGCGUUCCGGUCCACGUGGUCCAGUUGACAUUCCUGCAGCUGCUCAGUGCGACAGCCAAGCAAACCUUCACCUACCACUGCCUCAACUCCGCCGCCUGGCUGCACGCCGCCACAAUCAGCCACGAACACGCAUUGCGCUUCAGAGGCGUCAACGGGGAGGAGCUGACACAUGAGAACACACAUUACAUCAGUGCACUGUACGACGGGUGUCAGGCUCGCUCGGGGCAAGAGAGGACAGUGUUGGAAUUUGACGCUCCGCUGUCUAACACGCUCCCCAUCAUUGACGUGUCUGUGCCAGAUUUUGGGAAAGGAAACCAGAAAUUUGGUUUCCAGGUUGGCCCGGUCUGCUACAAUGGUUAAACAAGCCGGAGAGAGAUUACAACAGGAGUAAUUUAAUAAGAAAAAGAGCCAUGGACACUUUUUAAAUGCAGGGAGAAAACUACAUUCAAGACUUACUUGGUCCCACAUAUUUAUAUAUAUAUAUAUAUUGAUUUACCUACAACAGUGUUCCUUCAUCUAAACAUUCAUUCUUUUAUACAUUCAUUCACUCAGACUCUACAAUUCUUACCAUCUCAUACAUUCUCUCAACUGACUCAAGAGCAGUGCAUAAAUGUAUUGACUGUCCUCAGUUAAACACAUUUUUUCCUUCCUCUUUGGAGGAGUAAAUGGUGCUGUCACAGUUUCAUCCAUGUCUGUUCAUACAUUUAUUGAUGUAUGCACUCAAUUCCCAUCUAUAAAUAAUCAUACACAAGUCCCCAAACAUAAGAAUCAGUGAAUCCUCUUCAAAAAUACAAAAACACCAUGUUUCAGCAACAUUCAUCCACCGUAUUGUUCUGUGUUAUCUUCAAACCUCAAUUUGUUUUUGUUGUUGUUGCCAUUUUGUUGUUAUAAUUAUGUGAUGUAUAUUGGAGUGUAAGUCAUCACGGUGCUAUUAUGUGGCUCCUUGCGGAGUACAUUUUCUUUGUAAAAGGGAACUGGGGCAGUGCAUUUUUUUAUAUUGUGAAGCCAUGUUUUAUAUUUUUUCAAGAUAACAAACAUGAUUGCCUCAAGGUCUUUCUAUGCAUAGUUGUGUGGGGAAGUGACUGAGUAACAUAUUUUAAUAAAAGUACAUAAUGUACAUUUAAGUUAA